AUGCUUUUGAAGGCGGAACACGCUGCUGCUGCCUCAGCUUUUCUAAACUGCUCUGACCGAGAACCACGUGUUUUAAGGAGAGAGAACAAACGAGAAUCUACGGUCUGCUCUGAGGAUUUAGUCCGGUUCGAGGUCUGGGUUCUGCCGCGGUCUCGAGCGAUCCAUGAGUUCCCAAAGGACUUCUUCAGCAGUGAGGAGAGAAAGUCCGGGGCCGUCCUGCUGCACAUCGUGGCGACCCUGUACAUGUUCCUGGCUCUGGCGAUCACGUGUGACGAGUAUUUUGUGACGUCGCUGGAGAAGAUCUGUGAGAAGCUAGACCUGAGCGAGGACGUUGCCGGGGCGACCUUCAUGGCGGCAGGAAGUUCGGCUCCAGAGCUUUUUGCGUCCAUCAUAGGGGUCUUCAUCACCCACGGCGACGUGGGCGUGGGCACCAUCGUGGGCUCGGCCGUCUUCAACAUCCUCUGCAUCAUCGGUGUGUGCGGGAUCUUCGCUGGACAGGUGGUGAUGCUGACGUUCUGGGCCGUGUUCCGGGACUCGUUCUACUACAUCCUGUCCGUCAUCGCUCUGAUCGCGUUCAUCUACGACGAGAAGAUUGUUUGGUGGGAGAGUGUGGUGCUGGUCGUCAUGUACGCCGGAUACAUCCUGGUGAUGAAGUUCAACUCGAGCUUGCAGCGGUGCGUCACGGGGAAGACCAACAAGAAGAACGUGGCGAACGGGAAGGCGGCGGUGACGGGCAGCGAGCUGGAGGACGUGAAGCCCACGAAGGACUACAGCCGUGGUUCUGUGGUGAUGGUGGACGAGAUGAUCCACGACAGUCCGUCCAAGUUCCGCUUCCCCGAGGCCGGUCUGCGCGUCAUGGUCACCAGCCACUUUGGACCGAAGACCCGCCUCCGCAUGGCCAGCCGCCUCAUCAUCACUGAGCGCCAGAAGUUGGUCCAGACGGCGAACGGCGUGGAGACACAAGUGGUGGACGGUAAAGUGGACAUGGAGAACGGCACGGUCCCCGAGGACAAGAAACCCGAGUCCGAGCCCAGCGACACCAUCUCCCCCUUCCACAUACCCAGAGGCUGUGGGAGUAAGAUAAAAUGGCUGAUCUCGUGGCCCCUGCUGCUGCUGCUGUUCUUCACGGUGCCGAACUGUGCCAAACCGCGCUGGGAGAAGUUCUUCAUGCUCUCCUUCUUCCUGUCCACGGUCUGGAUCGCCGUCUUCUCCUACGUCAUGGUCUGGAUGCUAUGGUGUGGUGCUAUGGUGUGUUGUGUUGCUAUGGUGUGCUGUGGUGUGGUGUGUUGCUGUGGCGUGUUGCUGUGGCGUGUUGCUAUGGUGUGUUGCUGUGGUGUGUUGCUGUGGUGUGUUGGUGUGGUGUGGUGCUGUGGUGUGGUGCUGUGGUGUGUUGCUGUGGCGUUGUGUUGCUAUGGUGUGUUGCUGUGGUGUGUUGGUGUGUUGCUGUGGUGUGUUGCUGUGGCGUGUUGCUGUGGUGUGGUGGUGUGGUGUGGUGCUGUGGUGUGUUGCUGUGGCGUGUUGUGUUGCUAUGGUGUGUUGCUGUGGUGUGUUGGUGUGUUGCUGUGGUGUGGUGCUGUGGUGUGGUGCUGUGGUGUGUUGCUGUGGCGUGUUGCUGUGGUGUGGUGGUGUGGUGUGGUGCUGUGGUGUGUUGCUGUGGCGUGUUGUGUUGCUAUGGUGUGUUGCUGUGGUGUGUUGCUGUGGUGUUGCUGUGGUGUGGUGCUGUGGUGUGGUGCUGUGGUGUGGUGCUGUGGUGUGUUGCUGUGGCGUGUUGCUGUGGCGUGUUGCUGUGGUGUGGUGCUGUGGUGUGGUGCUGUGGUGUGUUGCUGUGGUGUGGUGCUGUGGUGUGUUGCUGUGGCGUGUUGUGUUGCUAUGGUGACGAUAAUCGGCUUCACUCUGGGAAUCCCGGACGUCAUCAUGGGCAUCACGUUCCUGGCGGCCGGCACCAGCGUCCCGGACUGCAUCGCCAGCCUCAUCGUGGCUCGCCAAGGUCUCGGUGACAUGGCGGUCUCCAACACCAUCGGCAGUAACGUGUUCGACAUCCUGGUGGGUCUGGGCCUGCCCUGGUUUCUGCAGACCGUGUGCAUCAGCUAUGGCUCCGAGGUCAUGAUCAACAGUCGCGGGCUGGUGUACUCCGUGGUGCUGCUGCUCGGCUCUGUGGCUCUGACGGUGCUCGGGAUCCACCUGAACAAAUGGCGCCUGGACUUCAAGCUGGGCGUGUACGUGCUCAUCCUGUACGCCAUCUUCCUCUGCUUCUCCAUCCUCAUCGAGUUCAACGUCUUCACCUUCGUCAACCUGCCCAUGUGCAUGGAGCCCUGA